CAGCCACUCAACAACCAGAGUACCAGUUUCCAUUCACACAUACUCCGCCGGCCGCCGGCCGCCGGCCACCGGCAGCUCGCAUUUGAGCGGCCAACUCCAAAGCAAAGAGAUCAUAGGAGAGCUGAUGAGGAGGCGUGCGCUCUCUCUACUCCUCCUUGUCGCGGCCACCUGCCUCCCCGUAUCGAUCGCCACCGACACCAUCGACCUGACCGCGUCCAUCACCGGCAACCAGACGCUGCUCUCCGCCCGUGGAGCAUUCAGGUUAGGCUUCUUCACCCCGCCCGGCAGCUCCGGCGGCAGGACCUACAUCGGCAUUUGGUACGCACGCAUCCCAGUACGGACCGUCGUGUGGGUCGCCAACCGCCGGGACCCGGUCGUCGCGUCCCCGGGCGUUCUCAAGCUCUCCCCCGACGGUCGCCUUGUCAUCGUCGACGGCCGGAACACCACCGUUUGGUCCUCCGCAGAGCCCACCGGAAACGUGGCCACCAAGGCCACCGCUCGGCUUCUCGACAGCGGCAACUUGGUCGUGAGCUCCGAUGGGAGUGGAUCGAGCCAGAGCGUGGCAUGGCAGAGCUUCGACUACCCGACGGACACGCAGCUCCCGGGCAUGAAGGUCGGGGUGGAUCACAGGAGUGGCUUCGCCUGGAACAUCACGUCGUGGAGCAGCCCCGCCGACCCCUCCCCGGGGGAGUACACGGUCAAGCUGAUCGCCGGCGGACUGCCUGAGUUCUUCCUCUUCCGCGGCCCGGCCAAGAUCUUCACGACCGGGCCGUGGAACGGCGUGGUGCUCACCGGCGUGCCGGAGCUCAAGACCGAGGAGUACACAUUCGCGCUCGUGUCAAACCCCAACGAGACGUAUAGCACCUACUACAUCAGCUCCCCGACGCUGCUGACGCGGCUCGUCGUGGAAGGCUCGACGGGGCUGCUGCAGCGGUACGUGUGGGCCGACGGCGCGUGGAACAACUUCUGGUACCACCCGACCGACCCGUGCGACAGCUACGCCAGGUGCGGCCCUUUCGGUGUCGCCUACUGCGACACCGCGCAUUCGCCGGAGUGUAGCUGCUUGCCGGGGUUCCAGCCGCGGUCACGGAAGUGGAGCUUCCGGGACGGCUCCGGCGGCUGCGUCAGGAGGACCAAGCUGAGCUGCGGGGACGGCGACGGGUUCUGGCCGGUUAACAAUAUGAAGCUGCCGGAGGCGACCAACGCGACGGUGCACGCCGACAUGACGCUGGACGAGUGCAGGCAGCUGUGCCUGGCCAACUGUAGCUGCAGGGCGUACUCCGCCGCCAAUAUCAGCGGGGGCGUCGACCGCGGGUGCGUCAUUUGGGCCACCGAUCUGCUGAACAUGCGGCAGUAUCCGGCGGUCGUGCAGGACCUGUACAUCCGGCUCGCGCAGUCAGAUGUAGAUGCCUUGAACGUCUCAGUUGCAGGUAAGCGCCGACGCCCCAUGGUGAUCGCCGUCGCCGCGGCUAUUUCCGGCGCGCUUCUUCUGGCAGCCGCUGGCUGCUUAUGUUUCUGGAGAUACAAGGCGAGGAGGAAGCGGUGGCGUCAGGCGCCUGAAACUGCGCCAGGCAGUGGAGACAACGUGCUUCCAUUCAGGGCCAGAAAACACCCUGCUUCGAGCCCAGCACGGGACAGCGAGAACAAGAUGAGCUGCGGCGAAGACGAUCUCGACCUUCCAUUGUUCGAUCUCGCCGUGAUCCUCGCCGCCACGGACAACUUCGCAGCAGAGAGCAAGCUAGGAGAAGGUGGAUUUGGCCCCGUGUAUUUGGGGAGGCUUGAGGAUGGGCAAGAAGUAGCUGUGAAGAGGCUGUCCAAGAAAUCAUCACAAGGCGUCGAGGAAUUCAAGAACGAGGUGAGGCUAAUCGCCAAGCUCCAGCACAGGAACCUGGUGAGGCUGCUCGGCUGCUGCACCGACGACGAUGAGAGGCUGCUCGUCUACGAGUUCAUGCACAACAACAGCCUGGACACCUUCAUAUUUGAUGAUGCAAAGCGUAAGUUGCUGGGAUGGAGCAAACGCUUUGAGAUCAUUCUGGGGAUCGCACGGGGGCUGCUCUACCUCCACGAGGACUCGAGGGUCAGGAUCAUCCACAGGGAUAUGAAAGCGAGCAACGUGCUGCUGGACAGGAACAUGGUCCCCAAGAUAUCGGACUUCGGCAUCGCGAGAAUGUUCGGCGGCGACCAGACGACGGCGUACACCCUCAAGGUCAUCGGGACAUACGGUUACAUGUCCCCGGAAUACGCCAUGGACGGCGUGUUCUCCAUCAAAUCCGACAUCUACAGCUUCGGCGUCAUGGUGCUGGAGAUCGUCACCGGCAAGAAAAUCCGAGGCUUUUACGACACCGAGCUCGAUCUAAACCUCUGCGGUUAUGCGUGGAUGUUGUGGAAGGAAGGCAGGAGCACGGAGCUCCUGGACGAUGCGAUGGGCGGCAGCUGCGAUCACAGCCAGGUGCGGAGGUGCAUACAGGUUGCUCUCAUGUGCGUCGACGUGCAGCCUAGGAACAGGCCGAUGAUGUCGUCGGUAGUCAUGAUGCUGGCCGGCGAGAACGCCACGUUGCCGGAGCCAAAUGAGCCCGGCGUAAACCUGGGGAGGAACAGGACAGAUACAGGGUUUUCUGAAACUCAAAGUGAGUUCACUGUGACUACGACAGAUACAGCUCACAGCAAAAGUUAGUGGAAAUCUAUGAUGCUCACCAUGGUAGUUUAGCUUGGGAUGGAAUACUAUGCACAGAUUACAACAAAAGCUUCUUUUUUUUGUC